UUUGGGCCUAACUCCCACUUGCCAAGCUGACCCAAGCGAUUAUUUAAUGCCAAAUGUGAGUCGCCUUUGAAGGAUUGCAAGUUGGCUACCUACAGACCAUUUACGAAGAAGUAUGUUGCUCUAAAAUUCUAAAAUAGCUGGAUCUGAGUUGUCAGUUUGAUGGUUUAUUGCUUCACAUCAGGUAUUGUUGGAACAAUGUCAACCCCAAAGAACGUACGAAUUCUGCUUGUAGGGGAUGAUGCAGUGGGCAAAACAAGUUUGAUUCUUACACUUGUGAGUGAGGAAUUUCCAGAUGAGGUGCCAGCAAGAGCAGAGGAGAUAACAAUAACAGCAGAUGUUACCCCAGAAAGAGUUCCAUCUCAUAUUGUUGAUUUUUCAACUGCUGAACAAUCAGAAGACGAGCUGCGUGAUGAAAUUGAAAAGGCUGAUGUUAUUGCUGUCGUCUAUGCCUUGAAUGAUGAUGAAACAAUCAGAAGGAUAACAGACUAUUGGCUGCCAACUAUUCAUGAAGUUACUGCUGGAGGGACACAAAAACCAAUCGUUUUAGUCGGAAAUAAGGCUGAUGCUGUUGACGUGAAUUCUUCAAGAAUGGAGGACAUCGUUAGUAUAAUGGAUCAGUUCCCGGAAGUUGAAACGUGCAUCGAGUGCUCUGCGAGAGACCUCAAGAACAUAUCUGAGUUGUUUUACUAUGCCCAGAAAGCUGUCCUUCACCCAACUGCACCGCUUUAUUCAAAUGAAGAAAAGGAAUUAAAGCCAAGAUGCGUCAUUGCAUUGGAGAGAAUAUUCAAGAUAUGCGACUCUGAUAAUGAUGAACUACUAAGUGACAGCGAGCUUAAUGAAUUCCAAAGAUUUUGCUUCAAGAGUCCACUUCCCCCUCAAGGCCUUUUAGAAGUUAAAGGUAUUGUACGGAAAAACAUUAACGAUGGUCUUGAUGACAAUAAACUCACGUUUAACGGUUUUUUAUUUCUGCAAACACUUUUCAUCAUGAAAGGAAGGCAGGAAAUCACAUGGACAGCACUGAGAAAGUUUGGCUAUGGCAAUGACCUUGAGCUGAGAGAGGACUAUGUCCACCCAAGGCUGGAAGUAGGCUCUGACUCAACUGUAGAGCUGUCAGUUCAAGGCCUGGAAUUCAUUCGCGAUUUGUUUUGUAAAUUUGAUCAGGAUGAAGACGAUGCCUUGUCCAAAGAAGAACAAGAGGAUUUAUUUUGCCUUUGCCCGGUCGCACCAUGGAAUGACGAUAAUUUAAAAACUGUCGCAACAAAUGCGGAUGGAAUGAUAACUUUGGAUGGGUUUCUUUCCUUAUGGGUUUUAGCUUCAUAUCUGAACCACGAGUGGACGCUGGCCAACCUCGCAUAUUUAGGAUUCAUUCAAGGAGAGCAAGAGAGCCAACUGCCUGCCGUUAGGGUUACAAGAAGUAAAUCAGUUGAUUUGAGCAAAAGACGGACUAACAGAAAUGUUUUCAUGUGCUAUGUUUUUGGCCCUCCUGGAUCAGGAAAGACGGCAUUUUUGCAAGCAUUUGUCAACAGAUCUUUAAAGGACUAUGAUCCAAGCACCAGUUUUCCAAUUAAAUACACGGCAAACUCUGUUAGCAUUGGAAAAGAAAUCUACUUAGUAUUACACGAGGUGAAUUGGGACAAAUCAGUAGAGAAGUUAAACAGUGAUAAAAUAGAUGUUGCUUGUUUUCUGUAUGAUGUUUCAAAUCCAGAUUCUUUUUCUAAAAUUGGAAAAUUGCACCAGAGGCUAGAAAAAGAUAUUCCCUGCAUGUUUGUCGCAAUGAAGAAUGAUAUUUCACCUGUUAAACAGAAUUAUGUUAUUCCUGUUGCUGAUUACUGCAAAAGCUAUUCACCUGUUCCUAUUCAAACAUUUUCAGCGCUAGACGAUACACAAAUCGACAGAAAAGUUUUUGAGAAGCUUGGAUCACUUUCAUUGUAUCCCUACAGCAAUCAGCUAGAUAGCGACAGUUCUUUGUCAAGUAUGGCAGUGACGUUUGGUUUAAGUCUUGCGGCCGUUGUAGUUCUAGGAGUGGUAGUAUAUCGUUUUACAAAAAGAGCCACAAGUGGGAGUAGCUGAAAUUCUAACAUUUUAGGUGCUUUAGCGAAGCCUGUUAUUUGAAAAGGGCCACGUUCACGACAGAGUUACGACAGAAAACGAUACCCUGCUGUGGAUGCAGAAAUAUUUGAUGCUGUUAGAUAUUAUGAGAUUUGUUGACAGUGUAGAAUCAAUUGUAAAAAGCUUGCUUGCUCCUGCAUGACUUUGCCAAACAUUGCUACAUAUGUAAAAUAUCUUUCGAAUAUACGCUCAAUUAGUUCAAUAAGCAAGAUAGCAUAUAGUUUGAUACAAAGAAGGACCAUUCCUAAUUCCCAAUUUAAAUUAAGCUGCAUCUUUAGCAUUUACUGAAUCUUGGCUGGGCCUCUUCCAUUAGAUCACCUCAUUUUUAGUCAAUUUUUUCCAUCAUUCUUUUCUGUUCAAGAGCCUUUCUAAGUAAAUCAUAAAUAAAACUGAUGAUGCCUCUCUUGGUGUACCACAUCCAUGAUGGAAAGUAAUUGAUGUUAUGCAUCAAAUGUAUGCAUAAUUAAUGUUAUGCAUAAAGGAACUAUUGUUUGUCAAUUUUGUGAUGAUGCUCGACUGCUUCCAUUAACUGCUAAUUUACCUUCCCAUCUGUUCAAGGAAAUUUCCCAAGCCAUAUAUUCUACCAGAUGUUAGAAUAAACCAUUAGAUUUAAUGCAAUAAGCAUUGGCCUCAAAAUGCAACCUUGUUGAACAACAUCUGAUGUAUGAAUUGUUGCAGAAGUAUAAAUUUUUUGCUAGCAGCAGGAGGUGCCAUUCGCUAAACACUAACAUUGAACUACUAAUGAAUUGUUUCCCGUUAUAUUAUGCUUUCCCUCAUUCCUUCCAUCACGUUUCUACCCUUUUUCAAAUACAUCCGAUGAUUCAAGCUCUUAGAUGAUACCCCUCGAUCCCCAUGUACAUUUGAAUUCAUGUUUUUCAAAAAUUGUAUUCGUCGUAAAAUUGAAUAACCCGAAGUUUGCUUUUAUACGAUUGGGUUCCGCUUUUCUGCCAUCAUGGAGCUGUUGUUCAAAUAGUUUUGUCAAGUUGAAAAGUGCCAGUUUAAUAGAGUUUUUAAUCUUAACGAAAGAAUGUUCAUCGCUUUCAUUGAAAAUUUUAAACAUAGUGUGAAUUAUUUUCGUAGUGUUUAAUUUCAAAAGUGCUCCAAAUAAUUUGCUAAAUCGUUAUCAAA